AUGUGUAUAGUUUCGGACAGACACGAGGGACUCUUGAACACCACAGCAGCUGUAUAUCCAGAAAUUCCACAUUGUUUCUGUAUAUUUCACUUAUGGGGAAACAUAUCAGAUCAAUUCAAGAAACAUAAGGACCAGUUGCAUGACCUCUUCUGUGCUGUGGCUAAUGCUUGCACCAUUCAAAAAUUUGAAUACUUUAUGACGGAAAUAUCUAAAAUUGAUGAGAGGGUGCCUGGUUACUUGCAUGAAAUUAGGUAUGAAAGAUGGUCUAUGUUACACUCAAAAGUGAAAAGAUCAAUGGUCAUGACUUCGAAUAUUGCGGAGUCGAUUAAUUCAUCAAACAAACAAGCUAGAGACAUGCCAAUAAUGCGUGUGCUAGAGUUCAUGACAAACUUGACACAACAAUGGAACUACCAUGGUCGGAAAAAAGCAAUGAAAUCGUCCACCGCACUUAGCAAAAAGUAUGACAAACUCAUUGGGGUUAAUCUGCUUGCAACACAGAAAAUGACGCCUUUUGAGAUUGAGAUAGUGAUGGUAAGGCCUGCUACAGACAAGUCGUACACUGUAUUUGAAGGAGUAAAGAGAAACAUUCUCAACAAAUUGACGCUAGCCGAUUAUUGCUCAUUUUACUAUAGAAGGAAUCAUAUCCUUGCAACUUAUGAAACUCCAGUAUAUCUCAUUCCGGAUGAGAGUACAUGGGUGAUCCCGAGAGAGGUGCUAGAGAAUGUGGUCCUACCACCAAAAGGGAGAAGAAAUGCAGGAAGGCCAAGAAAGAAAAGACUCCAACCGUCUUCAGAGAAAGCGAAAAAGAAGAGGAAAUUUUCAUGUUCAGUGUGUGGCCAAGAUGGUCACAGUAGGAAAACAUGUGGGAAUCCACCAAAAGAUUGA